AUGAAUACUCAAAAUUCAUUUGAUACUUAAUUCUAUGAAAGUAACCUACAAGAACCAAAUAGCUCAAUUAGCAAUAAGAAACAAAGAAAUAGUUCAAGAAUUAAAUCUCCUGAAUAACAAUUAGAAUAAAAUGAUAAACUUAAGUCUUAAUCCUUAUAGUUUUAGAAUACUAAUAAGAAAAGGACAUCUAAAAAAAAAUAAGGCAAAGUUGUUUCUUUAAUAAACACAACAAAAAAAUCAUUUUAUCCAACUUAAAAUAAAAAUCCUAAAUAAUCAGUUCAAUCAAUAACUACAACAAACCGUAAACAUAAUCAUAAGAAGAAUGAUAUAAAUUUAAGUGAAACACUAUUUAAAAAAUAGAAUUCUAAGAUAGAGAAUAUACAAGACAAUAAAAUUAAAUUAUAAAUAAAACAAUAAAAUUUAUAAAAGGAUUAGAAUUAAUAAAUCCCUCUUAAAGAUGAGAAUUCUAAAGAAUUCAAAAAUCAGACUAAUUAAAAGUCAAAUGAUUUAUAUUUGACUUUAAAAAAGACCUAAAAUUCGAUAUAUGUAAAAAACUAUGAAAUUCAGAUAUUAGAAGAAUAAAAAAAAAAGUAAUUAUAUGAUUUGAAUUAGAAUAGAGAACCAAUUUAAAUUAGAACAGUUGAAAUAAAAGAUUCAAUUAAAAAAUAAAAUGAUAGAUUAAAAAAGUAAAUCACCUAAAAAAACAAAAAAGAAAAUGAUAAAACAAAAGCAAAAAUCAAAAUAAAAAGGAAAUCCAACUGAUAUAAAUAGUCUAGCCAAUAAAAGUAAAUAAGAAUUUUUUCAAUAAAGUUCUUUGAAAUCUGCAGAUCUAUAAAAUGAUUCAACAAAAAAAAGAUCAUCAUCAUCAUCAACAAGAUAAAAUUAAAAAAAGUAAAUAAAAAAUAAUUAAUAAUUGAAUAAUAAUAGUGAAUUGACUUUAGAUAAUGAAAUUAAUACAAUUUUUAAGAAGUAUCCUCCUACUAUUUAUUUAUAAAAAAUGAUAAAGAAAUUGAUUUUAUUAUUUUAAGAUUCAUAAAGUAUAAGUGCAACUUUAUCUGAUUUUAAUUUCAAAAUAUUAAUAUAUUAAGGUAUGUAAAAAGCAGUAAUUAAAAUAUAGAAAGCUUGGAAAUAAUAUUGUUUAAGAAAAAAACAAAGAAAUCAUAAAAUUAAUUAAUUAGAAAUUAAGAGAUUAAUAUAAAAACAUUAUAAAUCUUUAUUUAAUGAAUAAACAUAAAAUAAAUCACAUUCUUCCCAAAUCAAUAAAGUAUUAAAAUAAAAAGAAAAAAUGUCAAAUUAAAUUGUUUCAAAUAAUUAAUAGAUUAAUUAGGAACAUUAAAUUUAAAAUAUUAUUAAAAAUAAAAAUUAACCUAAUUCUUAAUUUAUUGAAGAAUAAAAAGUUAUAAAUAAAAUACCUUUAGUUGUAGAAAAUCAAACUGAUUUUUAACUUUGUCAAAGUAAUCAACUCAGUUAUUCAUUAAGCAUUUAAAAUCCAUCAAAUUUAGAUUAAGCUUAAAUGGUAGAUGAUAUUUAAAAUCAAUUAAAUGGAUGGAAUUUUCAUUUAGAUACUUAUGAUAAUGAUUAAAAAAAGACUUUAGCUAUGGGGAAAUUAAAAAAAUAAAUGAAACAUGCUAUUAUUUCUAUUAUAUAGAGUUAAUUAUCUAAAUUCAAACUUAAUUCUAAUUAAUCUGAUCAUUCAUUUGAUAUUAAAUUGUUGUAAUCUUAAGAAGCAAGUACAGAAAAGAAUUUUAAUGAAGCAAGAAAGAAAGUUAAAGCACUUUAAGAUUAAAGUGAAGUUAGAUUAAUUUAAUCAUCUAAAGAUUAAAUAACAGAGAUAAGUAAAUCAUCUAUAUUAGUAUUAUAAUCUCAGUUAAUGAAAAAAGAAUCAGAAUUAUUAAGUAUGAGAGAAGAAGCAAUUUAAUUAAGAUAUUUAACAGAAAUUGAAAAAAUUGAAAAUGAUGAAAAUAAAAAAAUUGAAUUAAAUAAAUGGUUAAAAAAAGAAUUAGAAGAUCUUUAAAUUACAAGAUAAUAUAUUGAAUUAAGUAAGAAAAAAGAAGCUAGUGCAAUGAAAAAGAUUUAAAGAGAUUUAAUGAUUGCAUCAAGUUUUGAUGAAAAUAAUUCAAAACUUAUAAGUCUUAAAUAAAAAGUAGAAGAAAGAUUAAGUAAUCUUAAAAAAUCAAAACAAAGCCAAUCUGAAGUUAAAAUUUUAAAUAAUAUUUAUUUACAAUCUGAAAAUGAAUUAGAAAAACUUGAAGAGACUUAAUCUGAAGAUUUUGAUUAAGAAAAUUAAAUUGAAAAAAGAUAAUUUCUUAAAGAGGAUAUUAUUUAACCUAAUGAAGAGAUGAACAUAAAAGAUAAAUUGGAUUUAAUAGCAAAUGAUUUAAUCAGUGACAUUUUAGAUAAUCUAUCAGAAGGUAAUAAUAAUAAUAAUAUUUUAGAAUUAUUAAAUAAAUAAACCUAAUUUGCAUUAUUAAUAUAAUAACUUACACCUACAAUAACAUAAAUUCCAACUUCAAUUAUUGAAAUUAGAUAUUAUCUUCACAAUUUAUUUGAUUAUAUCUUACCUCAUUAUGGAGAAGAGAUUGUUUAAAAAAUUAACAUUCCAUAUGGUUAUUCACCAUAAAAAAGAUUAGAACUUUUCUAUGGAAAUUACUCUCAAUAAACUAUAGAUUAAAAUUAUGUAAAUUUUGUUAUGUUAGAUUAAUAUUUCUUUGAAUAUGAAUUUCAUCGUUUAUAAGAACAUGACUUUUAGAAUUUGAAUCAUGUUUCUAAAGCCUUAAAAGAACUUGAACAUAUUCACAAUAGAGCUAUAUUUGAUGCUUGCAAUGAAAUUUUGAAUACAUUUAGACCUUAUUAUUAUAGUAUUUUUAUAAAUUCUAUAAUAAUAGAUAAUGGAGAACCUUAUCCUUGGGAAGCUAGAAUUCCUCAUUAAACUAUUAAAUGUGAUGAUUUCUGUGAAAUUUUGAAUUAAAUGGAAUCUAAAAUACUUUAACUUGCAAAUUGUUUAUGUGGUUUCUUGCCAAUUGAAGAAGAAUAUUAUGUUCCAAGAGAAAAACAAAUCAUUUUAGAAGCGAAAAGUUAGGAAAUGAUGAUAUAACAUAUGAAUAUUCAAUAGAAUCCAGACUUAUAUGAUACAGAUCUUCAAUAUUACUUUGAUCCUAUUAUAUAAAUAAGGGAAUAAAGGGUGAAUAAAAUGUUGAUUGCAGAUGUAAUUAAUCAAUCAUAUAAGACAGAUGUAAGAUAAUGAGUAUAGAUGGAAUUUAGCAUCAGAUGAUAAGUUGGAGCUCUUGAUGGAAAUAGGAGACAUGGUAUUUGAAUAGUGUAUUGAAGAAUUUAUAUAAGAUGCAAUCUUAUUAUGA